AUGGCAUUUCAUGCUGAACACACAGGGGAAGGAGACCUCGAGGAGAGGGAGCAGAACCUCCCCUGGCUCUCCAAGCAGGGGCUCCUGGCCAUGAGUGGGAUGAUGCUCUGGAGGCAGCAGGUGUGUGCUGUGCUGAGGAUUCACCUGCUCAGGCUCAAGCACGAUGGAAAAUUCCUCAGGGGCAUAUUGCUGUUAUUUGGAAUAUUUGUCCUUCCACCACUGAUGGUUUUAAUGAUGUUUCAUCUGUGGCACACUGCCAGCAGCUGGGAAAUCUCAUCUAGCCAGUAUUUUCUUCCCACAAAAGAGAAAAUUCAAAAUAGGUCUACAAACCUCCUCAUCUUCAAUGACACAGGAUCAGAAAUCGAGGAUUUCAUUGCUGCUUUGAAGAUUCAAAACAUAACCCCAGAAAUAGCCUUGGAGAAAAACAUCACAAGCCUUCCAAAUUACAAUGGAGCUAUAAAAAUAUCCCUGGAAGGCAAGGGAGAAAACCCAGAGCUGAAGCACUACAUUUUCUUUGGCUUAUUCACCUACCUGCUGGUUUUGGCUGCUGGUUUGCCUCCUCUCUUUGCCAUGAGCAGCGUGGAGGAUUACAAGCUCCAGGCUCGCUCCCAGCUGCGGCUGGCGGGGCUCUUCCCCUCAGCCUACUGGUGUGGGCAGGCUCUGGUGGACAUCCCCUUCUUCUGGAGCCUCAUGUGCCUCAUGUUCGGGCUGCUGGUGCUCUUCACCCGCAUCUGCCCCUUGGAGAUCCGUGCUGUGCUGACCCUGCUUGUUUGCAUCUUUGGUUAUGGAAUAUCUCUUGUCCUCUUUGUUUAUUUAAUGGCCUUCAAAUUUCACAUGGGGCGAAGUAAUCGUUACAUUUGGUCCUUAACCUUCAUUCUGGUGAAUUAUGUUGCUUUUAUGCACAGUGACCAUCAUGAAGUGCUUUUCUACAUCUGCCUGCUGAUUCCUAUGUUUCCACCUGUGGGCUGGAUCAUGUUCUGUGGACUAAAUUUCCUCAUGUACCACGAUUUCAUCAUUUUUGAGAGAUGGAAUUACGUCUACAUGCCUGUCUUUGCACCAUACAUCCACUCUGUGGGUUUUGCUUUCCUCCUGCGCUAUUUGGAGAUGAGAUACGGAGAAGCAGUCCCAGGGUUUGAUCCCAUCUUCAGGACUUGGUUGUUGUCAAUGGUUUGCGCAAGGAAUACGAAGUCAAGACAGCCACUUCCAUCUUUAAGAAAGGGAAGAAACUUGCUGUCAAAAACCUCUCUUUUGGUGUUAAAAAAGGAGAAGUCUUAGGUCUGCUAGGACCCAACGGAGCUGGGAAAAGCACAACUCUGAACAUGAUUUCUGGAGGUGUAGCAGUGACUGCUGGGGAGGUGCUGCUCAGGGGCCAGGAUGAAGCCCCCCCAUGCCCGGGGUCCCUGGGCUGGUGCCCCCAGCAGGACCCUCUCUGGCCACACCUGACCGUGCUGCAGCACCUGGAGGCCUUCACUGCCAUCAGGGGAAUGAGGGAGGAAGAUGCUGCCCUUGCCAUCAGCUGCAUAGGAAGGACCUUGGAUCUCCUGAAGCAUUUCAAGACCCCAGCAAGGAGUUUAUCUGCUGGAGAAGCCAGAAAGCUGUCAUUUGCUCUGAGCAUCCUGGGAGGCCCAGCAGUGAUGCUUUGGGAUGAGCCCUCCGUGAGCGUGGACCCCAAAGGGCAGCGCCGCAUGUGGUGA